AUGAAUUUAAAUGAUAAUAAUAUAAAUUAUAUACUUAAUUCUAUUUUAGAUAUGACAGAUGGUGUUGGUCACAUAUGGAAAGUGGUAGAUGAUGACAAUUUGGUAUCAGAAGGAACAUUAAACACAGAAAGA